AUGUGGGGUCAAGCAUUUAUUUGUGGUUCUCUUGGUGGUAUGUUAUUUUGCGGCAAAACUGGUUUCUCUGCUGCACAUCAUCAUGCUCCAGACAAUGCUUGUUUUAUUUAUUAUUGUUUUACGCAUAUUGCCAUUGAUCAUAAAGGAUCAGUUGGUUCUGUUUAUCGAACACGCAGUGGUAUGAAUAAAAAAACAGCAGCAUGUGGUGCUCUCGCUGCUUUUGCAUCCGAAAUUGCUUCGAAUAAAUUAAAUCUUAAUCUCGAUGAGAAUGAUAUUGAAAUGAGUAUGUUAAAGAUACAUAUCAUUCAACAAACUGGUCUUUCUACCGAUUCAACGAAUCCUCCAGAUUUAUACAAAGUAACAAUGGCUGCUUAUGAAACGAUUACAAUUGAUUUAGAGAGACAUAUUCGAUAUGACGCCAAAGACUUUAAAGAACGUCAGUAUGCUUUAUUUACUGGCGUUCAAAUUCAUGGACCCAAUGGGACGAAUUAUUGUUGGAUUGGAAAAGCAAGUUUAUUAAAUAAAGGGGUAUUAUCACCAUUGACUCUUUCAACAAAUACUAAUUUUCAACCACAGUUUGGAUCACGAAGUAAACGACACUCGUUCAAUGGACCUAUUCCAGAAUGA